ACGAAUAUCUUUGUUGUCACACCACACACACUGGAAAUGUUAAGAAGAUCAAUUUUGCUUCUUUUGUGUUGCGCCGGAGCGCAUUGUGGUGAAAAUGAUUUUUUUAUCGCUGAACGAGGUGGAGAGAGUGUUUGUGUGACAAACAGUUCUUUUGCCUUGAGCUGGACGAACUUCGACGUCAAACCUAAAAUCGGUCUUAACAUAAAUCCAGUUUCCACUUUUAUCCCGCUCACCGAACCGAAUUCGUUCGACUGCGAUAUUCAAAACGACCUUCAAACUGACACGUAUUUCGUCCAAACUCCAUGGAAACUCGAAAAUUCACUAGAGCUGGUGCUGGACCGGCGAUGGGAAGAAUUCGAUACCAAAACGACCACCUACAAUUACUACGGGGAUUUAGACUAUUUACCACUCGUCUCUAUAUCUGGCGCCGAUUUUGACAUCUUCCUUUCACUUCGAACCCAAAACGAAGCGCACGUUUUCCUCUGCGAUGGCGAAUUUCCCCCCGAAGCUAACUGCUACUGGUUGAUGUUGCAGGCUUUUUCUGGAAAAAAAUCGGCACUGAGGAAAUGUAGAUCGAAUAGUAUACCUCGUUUGGGACAAAACUACCCAAGCGAUGAGUCUUGCCGAAGGCUCCGAAUCGAAGUGGAACACCCAGCUUACCCCACAUACUUGUCUGACCAGAAGUGGACACACUUGGAAGUCAGGAAAAAAGGAAAAACGCUGGAGUGCUACCGAGUUGGCCAAAAUCUACAAGAAAAAAUUUUCGGGUGGCAGGAUGGCGACCCCAUCAGAGUGACAAAUAUGAUCGUCCACAGCAAGCAAGUCGCAGCGUGGUGGAAAAUCCAUAAACUGAAUUUUAUUCACACUGUCGAAGAAACAGACGAGAUCGAGUUGGGUCCAGCUUUAGACGCAGAAACGGAUUCCUUGUGCGUUUCUAUGUUGAUUUCCAUGUGUCGAUUUUGUAAAAUAAAGCUGGCUUUGACGACUUACGACGAAACGAUCGUCGAGAAAAUUUACGACUAUGAGAAAAGAGGGUGGACUCAAGUGAGACUGGUGGCAAAAAACGUCCCCCAAUUUAGUGAGAUCCAACUUCUAGUGACCACAAUAAGUAAAGACCCUAAUCGGUUCUGGAAAAUCGACAGCGUUAGAGUGUGCAACGAAAACGAAUUUCGCAUUAUCAGGCUUAAAGGAAAAGGAAACUGCCAACUAAUGGAAAAUGACGCUACUAUUACAACAAAUAAUACAACCGUAGCUUUGGGAAGCACGUGUCCAGAAGACGCAUUUGGUCCGUUUUGUGUGCCGUGUCAAUGGAUCUUCGAUGGGCGUUGUAAGACAGUAAAAAUUUGUACUGGAAGCCAGUGUGUCUGUUCGCCAGGUUUUGACCCGAAACAUAACUGCUUCUAUCCUUGCACUGGGAGAUUCUAUGGUCAUGGGUGUCUCAAACCGUGUGGAAAAUGCUCGGGCUGGCUUAAUCCGUGCGACCACGUGGACGGCACCUGCCAUGUUCGACAAUGUAUCGAGAACUAUAGUGGGCCAAAAUGUGAUAUACCACCUACUAUAAGCUUUAGCGAGCCUCCAAAAAUUCUCAGUGUUACCAAUACAGCUGCCACCGUCACCGUCACCAACUUCAAACUCGAAAACUACUUUAGAAACAACCGUCCCGAAACCUACACCAUUCAAUACAAGAAAGCAGAACGUGAAGAUCCGUGGAAAGCCGUCCCUACCAACUUCCAGUUUAACGAAAACGCAACCAUCACCAUCGACAACUUAGAACCCGACACCCUGUACUCUGUAAGAAGUGUAAUAAUAGCCGAAAAUAACAAACCAUACGACGGUCCUCAUGUCAAGACCUCCAAUUUUUCCACAAACUGUGAAGAUAUCACUGAGAAGAACGUUGACUUGAAAGUGUCAAACACAAGCGUGGAGGUUUUUUUAGCAAACACAACGAAAGCCAACUGCGCCCUCAAGAGUUACAAGAUGUCUGUACGUGAUAACAAAAGGGUUGUGGAUUUUAAUAAUCUCACUCCUUUUACCAACUACACGAUUUUCCUGGAACGAAAGUCGACACUGUUAGAAAAAAGCUUCCAGACGAGCGAAUCAGUACCAACACAAAUUGAGGAAGUUCGGGCAAUAAACGUAUCGUCGUCCAGCGUGACACUGCAGUGGAAACAACAAUCCCUCAUUCACGGACAGUUCAAGUACUACAUUGUAGAGUACCAACAUGUUUCAUACGCCGCUUGCAAUUCUACAUUGACAACGUCGACAAGAAACAGAAGAAACGUCAAAGAAAAUGUCGUGAUUUUGUCCAACUUGAUUCCAUUUUCACAGUACUCAGUUUCUGUAGCCACCGCAAACACAAAAUACACUGGACCCUUUCGCCAAACAAUAGUAACGACUUCUUCACUUCAUGACAUAAAAACCGAAGAAGUACCAUCCGUUAAGUUUACUAGUGAAGCUAACGUUGUCACAUUUUCAACGAGUACCAUUACCUGUGCACGACUCCGUGGUCCUUUAUUCCUUAAACUGACCAUCAACUGUACUAGCCAGUGGUGCAAACCCUCAGACACAGCACAAUUUCAGCAGCAGUGGCCCUUUUCUAAAAUUAGCUUCACACAGGCGAUUCCAUACACGAAUUACCAAGCCGAUUUCAAAUUUUGUCGGAACAGUACUCAUUGCGGUACUUCGCUUCAAAAACGAAAUUUCACAACGGAGCCUUCAGUCCCCAGCAGUGUCACCGAUCUUUUGGUUUAUUCCAAAAACGAGAGUUCCAUUUCGCUGCGAUGGAAACCCCCAUACCCACCCAACGGAAUCUUGGAAGCUUAUAAAAUCCAGUAUGGUGAAUUUAGACUAAUUCUAGCCAAAACUCCGUGUCAAUUGUGGCCCGAAUUUCACUGUGUGACUUUGUCGAAGCUGGAAAAAAGCAAACGGUACUCGGUGGCUGUGUCUGCCAGAAACAAGAACCCGGAUGGAUUUGGGGCGUCUAAAGUUGUAGAGGCGGUUACACAAACAGAAAAGUCGAAGGCUCCUUAUGAUCUGCGUAUUACGUGGUCGCUCAACAACGACUUGGAACUCGAGUGGAAGCACCCAAAUCAAACCAACGGCGAGAUCAAAUUUUUCACGGUUGCCACCACUGCUGCUCAGAAGGAGCAAAUCGUGGUACGAAGACCGGUCACAGAAGAAGCUUUAACCUACUUUUAUAAAGUGAAGAGUACCGAACUUGUACCUUCUACGUUCUACAGUAUUCUAGUGUCAGCUAAUAAUGGUUUCGAAGGCGAAACGGCAUCAAUUGCGGAUACCAGUCCACCUACCGUCCCCCAUCUUGUAGUAGACCCAAAAGUUACCAUUUCUAGUGACACCAUUUCAGUUGACAUUUCGCCAGAAAUCUACAACAGAAUGGAAGAAAAUACCUACGGACUAGUUUUGCUUGUUUCAGAUUGUAGCACAAAAGAGUGGAAAAUCCAACAACUCGAGGAACUUGUAGAUCAGUCCAGACCCAUCUACACUUCACGCGAUUUCACCAAAAAAGUCUCUGUAAGAGUUGACAAGGCAAGUGCUUCUAGUACUACUGGAAAGUACGAGGUUCUAGUGAUUGUCAAAAAUAGCGCGUUGUCCAAAAGCAGCUACAAGAUCUACUGUCUGAGUGGUUCCACAUCGACCCCCAAUUUUGCUCUACUAGCAUUGCUUCUUCUGCUGCUAAUAAUACCAGUAGUCAUCAUCUUCUUGAAAAGGCAAAAAGUGAAGAGUUACUUCAAGAAGAAAACCCCCACAGAAGGUGUCUACUCCAUGGACAACGUUGUAACAAAGCAAAAGGACCACAAACUCGAGCAUGACAAAACGUAUGAAAAUGCCUGCGUUCUUGACAACACUGUCUACUCCAAAGCGAUAGACGUGGGUGACUUCAGAGAAUACGUCGAACGUACCGAUAGUACCAAGGAACUUGCCAUUCAGCACGAUAUGAUUCUGAACAUCCGAAACAGCGUAACUUAUGUGGAGAUCCGAGACAACGAAUAUUUCGACUACGUAGACAUGGAAUUUUCCAACGACACCGUAUCCAAAGCGUACAUCACAGCCGAAUGUCCGAAACUCGAUUUCGUUGCCACUUUUUGGAAAAACAUCUGGGACGAAAACGCGCGACACGUGAUUCUGCUCACCUCCCCCAGCAAUCCCCCCAUCGAAAAGUACUACCCAGACAAAGACGAAAAAAUGGAGUACCACAGCAUUUCCAUCCAACUAGCUUUCAGCAAAGUGGUGUCCAACUACGAACACAAAACCUUCAUUCUGAUUAAAAACGACGAAAUCCGACACGUGAACCAAAUCUCGUUUUCUUAUCAAGGACUAAAUCCGCUUCAGUUUGUGCCUCUUUUCAAAAAACUGCUCACUUUUCCUUUAUUGUCGGGUUCGCCGAUUUUUGUGCACAGCAAUGGCGACACUGAGAAGGUUGGGUUUGUACUUCUGUGUGAUAUGUCGCUGAGGAUGGCGGAUCGAGAAAACAGGGUCGACGUUUGGAAAAAUUUGAAGUUGCUGGCGGAUCAUAAGUCGGAUUUGGUUUGUAAUGUGGAAAUGUAUAAAUUGGCGCACUUGAUAAUUUUGGAAAUAAUAUGUAAUGGUGAUUAUGAAGCGGUGGUGGAUACUGAGUAUGAGAAUUUUUGAUUGAUGUUUGUACGUUGUACGUUGAAUACUGUAAAAAUUGUACAAUAAAAUAUAUUAUAUAAAAAGUGUAA